CUGCCUUAGCCCAGGGUCUUCUUACUAGAGUUCUCCGAGGAAUCAGAUCGCACCCCACGGAACCGAGAUGGUGGAGGCCUGGUACAUGGAUGACUCUGAGGAGGAUCAGAGGAAACCCCACAAAUUAGAGCCGGGGCGUCCGAUCAGCCUGGCCCAGCUACAGCAGCUCGGCGUUUUUUACUGGAAACUGGAUGCUGACAAGUAUGAGGAUGACCCAGAGCUAGAGAAGAUCCGAAAAGAAAGAAAAUAUUGCUGGAUGGACAUCAUAACCAUUUGUAAAGACAAACUGCCAAAUUAUGAGGAAAAGAUCAAGAUGUUUUAUGAAGAACAUUUACACCUUGAUGAUGAGAUUCGAUAUAUCCUGGAUGGAAGUGGCUACUUUGACGUAAGAGAUAAAGAAGACAAGUGGAUCCGAAUCUUCAUGGAGAAAGGGGACAUGAUAACCCUUCCAGCUGGGAUUUAUCAUCGCUUCACCCUGGAUGAAACAAACUAUGUUAAGGCGAUGAGACUGUUUGUUGGAGAACCGGUCUGGACUGCAUACAAUCGUCCGGCUGACCAUUUUGAAAUUCGAGGACAAUAUUUGCAGUUUUUGGCCCAAAAAGCGUAGUGAUGCACCCUGGAGCCUGACACACUACUUGGAAAUGGGCCAAACAUGAUAAUUAAGCAAAAUAUUAAGUUUUGCUUUUUCUUCCAUGCCACGGACUUGAGUUUGAGUUCUUUUCAAGAUUGUUUGAUUCAAGAAAAGAAAAGUCAUGAAUUCAACAUUGAAUGAACUGAGACUGGAGAUAAAUCCUUAUUUUUAAAAAAAUUUGUUUCUUUAAAUAUAAAGCAUCUUUUUCCCACUUCUCUCCUUAUCAGCAGGCUAAGGGAAUGCAUAUGUUUGCUAGCAGCCAAAACUUGGGUCCUCUGCAAACAUGGAUUCAGAUUUUUUUUAAAAAAACCCUUACCUUCCAUCUUGGAGUCAAUACUGUG